GUAAAUUGCCAAAGUCAUGCAGAGCUGGGAUUUGGAGCCAGAUAUUUGACUCCAGAGUUUGUGUUCUUAACCACUUCAUGGUAACAAACCAACAAAUAUGCCAAGAAAGGAAAGAGGGAUGGACAGUUAUUUGGAGUGGCUACGCCCUUCAGAGACCCCCAGGAACACUUUUGCAGUAAAUAAGUUGGGAUUAUGACUCCCAGUGAGGGAGAACACGCCAUAAGGAAUCAUGAGGUGUCUUAGAAAAAGGAAGUUUGAACCUAUUAUGGCGUUUGGGUUUUGUUGGGGCAUUUGGGGAGGGCCCGAGCAAGCAGGGUGUGCUCUACGUUUGGACAUUGUCAGAAAGCAGGGGCAAUUCUAUAAGCGUGUCUACAUUUUAUUCAUAGGGACUAGCAGGAGAAUAGAGCUGUAAUUGGUAAACUCAUAGCAGUCACUUAUUUUAGCCAAAUUGGGUGUGUUUGGUAUUUUGCAGGUGGCCCAGUGACCUUGUACUUGUGCUUGGACAAAAUGAUGAAGUGGACUUGCUUUGCCUCAUUUUAUGUGACCUUAUCUGAAGUUGGUGUUCUGUGAGAUUGUUUACAUCUGAUAGGAUUGCUUAUAGGUAUGAGUGCAGGCCAGUUUCUGACUGUUGGGCUGCUCUUGUUUUCUUUUUCAGCAGAAACCCAGGGUAGAGGCCAUUAGAAAGUAAGGCAUGAUGGCAAGCUUUCUCUAACCCCAGGAUUUGGUUAUUUGUCUCCGUCAAAGUUAAGAAGAGGAGAUGUCUCCGGUGGGACUUUUGCUCUCUAGGGACUACUUUUCUAGUAGUGGUGUUGCAGCUUCCCUGGAAGUCUCUGAGAGCCCUGGGAGUAUCCAAGUGGCCCGGGGCCAGACGGCAGUCCUGCCCUGUACUUUUACUACCAGCGCUGCCCUCAUUAACCUCAAUGUCAUUUGGAUGGUCAUUCCUCUCUCCAAUGCUAAUCAACCUGAGCAGGUCAUUCUGUACCAGGGUGGACAGAUGUUCGAUGGUGCCCCCCGGUUCCAUGGUAGGGUAGGAUUUACAGGCACUAUGCCGGCCACCAACGUCUCUAUCUUCAUUAAUAACACUCAGCUGUCAGAUACAGGCACCUACCAGUGUUUGGUCAACAACCUUCCAGAUAGAGGGGGCAGAAACAUUGGGGUCACCGGUCUCACAGUUUUAGUUCCCCCUUCUGCCCCACACUGCCAAAUCCAAGGAUCCCAGGAUAUCGGCAGCGAUGUCAUCCUGCUCUGUAGCUCAGAGGAAGGCAUCCCUCGGCCAACUUACCUUUGGGAGAAGUUAGACAAUACCCUCAAACUACCUCCAACAGCCACUCAGGACCAGGUCCAGGGGACAGUCACCAUCCGGAACAUCAGUGCUCUGUCUUCAGGCUUGUACCAGUGCGUGGCUUCUAAUGCCAUUGGAACCAGCACCUGCCUUUUGGAUCUCCAGGUUAUUUCACCCCAGCCCAGGAGCAUUGGACUAAUAGCUGGAGCCAUUGGCACUGGUGCAGUUAUUAUCAUUUUUUGCAUUGCACUAAUUUUAGGGGCAUUCUUUUACUGGAGAAGCAAAAACAAAGAGGAGGAGGAAGAAGAAAUUCCUAAUGAAAUAAGAGAGGAUGAUCUUCCACCUAAAUGUUCUUCUUCUGCCAAAGCAUUUCACACCGAGAUAUCCUCCUCGGAGAACAACACAUUGACCUCUUCCAAUACGUACAACAGUCGAUACUGGAGCAACAAUCCAAAAGUUCACAGAAACACCGAGUCACUCAACCACUUCAGUGACUUGCUCCACUCAGGCAAUGCCAAUAUACCGUCCAUCUAUGCUAAUGGGAACCACCUGGUCCCAGCUCCACAUAAGACUCUAGUAGUGACAGCCAACAGAGGGUCAUCCCCACAGGUUGUGUCCAGGAGCAACGGCUCAGUCAGCAGGAAACCUCGGCCUCAACACACACACUCGUACACCGUCAGCCAAGCAACACUGGAGCGAAUUGGUGCUGUCCCUGUCAUGGUGCCAGCCCAGAGUCGGGCUGGGUCCCUGGUAUAGGACCUGAGUGGAUAAAGUAUUCAGAAAAGAAUCAGUGGAAUGCCCCAAGCAGGGGGAGGGUGGGGUGAGCAAGUUCUGGGAAAGCAACACUUUUCCUUGUAAGGAUACUAGUAAAAAGCACGAAGGAAAAGGCAAUGCCGUUACCUGGCCAGUGAGUUUUGUGGAAUGAACUGGGAUUCUCCAUCUUGAAGACUUGUUUCCCCACCACAGAUGUCCUAGGAUUCUGUCCAAAAAACUGGAUCUCAAAGAUGUGCCAAGCCAAGGAAAAAGUUAUAAGAGCAGAAUAGCCCUUAAAACCCAACUGCAGUCCAGAUGGGCUUGUCCUUUAAUUCAUGCCUAACUUAAUAAUUGUUCAAGAGACUAAAGUGCCAGCUGAAGUUUAAAUGAUGAAAUUAUUUAAGAAUAUAGUUGUCUUUAGAAAAAAUGAGCAACCCUGAUAUCAUUACCAUUCCCUCUUUAUCUAGAGGGCUUAAUGGCACGAAUAGUUAAUACUGGUCCCAACAGGGCUGGCUCUUGUAUCAUAGAAAAAAAGCCUUUGACACAAAAUUCAGUAAGAAAAGGGGAAAAACAAAAGCAACUUCUCUGAGAAGCCCCUUCAUAUUUAUUUAUUUAUCCCUUCCUGAACCAUGAAUUUCAUAUUUGGAAUAUUGCUGUAUUGACAGAUUGUUGCCUGUCUGUUUUUCUAGGGUCUGUUCCAGGUCCAUGACAAUUACUGUUCAUUAUUUCCUGGAAGAAUAUUUUUUUAAAAGAAAACUAUUUUUUUUAAAAGACAUGAGAGGCAUAGGGCUAGGAAAGAAAAGACUACUGUUUAUAGCACAUUCAGUGAUUAGGUUUGUUGAGAGUUUCAGGAGGCCCCUCACAAGGGAGAGCGAGCUGGGCUUGCUCAUCCCUGGCAGGCUCAGAGCAGGGCUGUCCAGGGUUCCCUGCUUUCACACUAGGUUACUCUUAAUGAGGGCAGCACCUGAUGCCUUUUGCAUCGAGGUAGAUAAUGUUCUCCUUGUUUGACAAGUCGAGGUUAGUAGGUUUGUACAGGGAGGUCAGGAGUUGUUCUGUUGUUGUUGUUUUCAAAAUAAUUAUUUUUGAAAAAGAGAUAAGAUUGAGACAAAAGGGAUGCCUUCAGGUAUGCUCCUGGGAGGGUCUGCCCUAUAUUUGUCACAGCUCAGGGUUGUAGUUUUGCCCAAAUGCGUUUUAUACCACUGUAAAGAGACUCCUUCUGUGAUUAAUUACCUGGCUUGGCUGGCCUUGGAGUUCACCAGAUAAUUUACAGACUCCCCACUGUUUUUCGCUGUGUGGAUCUGGGCAUACUUGUAUCGGGGACUAUCUUGCCUUAAUCACACUUUAAGCAACACAGAAAUGAUUUGUUCGAGAAUCGUUCUCUGAAUUAUUUAUGAGGCCGACCUCGUGGUUCCAUAAGAGCAUCAUUUCUUUCCCAAUGUUGUCUCGCACUCCCUCUUUGCACUAUGCCUUUUGCCCUCUUUUCCUGCAGCAUAGUCGUUACAGGGAGUGGCUUCCUGAUUUUCAGACCUACUUGGAGAAAUGGAAGCCAGCCGCUGCUGCACACACUGUUUUCUGGGAGGGCUACACUCAGAACCUAACCAUUGUAGCCAUUUCAAUAUUGAUGAAAUGCUGAAUUUACAUUAGCAUUACUUAUUUUCUCCAUGUGAUGGUUCUUGACUUUGUAAAAAAUUAAAUAAAUGAAUGUCUAUACUUUUUCUAAAGAAGAGUGAAAAUACCAUGACAGAAAAGGUACUAUCAGAUGUUGUUUAGAAAGCAUUUAUCUUGCAUUUCUUUAUUCUUUCUAAUGAUCUAAAAUUCAAUAAAAGUUUAUUCAUAUAAAAACAAGUUGUCAUUAAUUAUCACACAUUAAUGAAUAUAUGAUCUUAUAUGUAGUGUUCUUUACAAGAAUUUUCUAUUCUGUUCAGUAGUGUUCAUAAUAAUUUUAACGAGCAUACAGUACUCUAGAAAUUACUUUACCUUACUUAUUAGAGAUUUGAGUCCAGUUCUCCCGUGUAUGACUGAAAAUGCAGUGCUCCUUUAAUACAUUGCACUAUUUUUCUAUUUCCCAGUCUGAAGUUCAUGAAGACAAGGUCCAUGACUGCUUUUUUCACUCUGAAUUUCUGUCACCUAGCACAGUGCCUAAUAAUAGGUAUUGUGUAGAUAAAUGACUGAUGGCUUGUAAACUGAAGUUGUCAAGUUUCAGUUCAGAAAGUUAUGAUCUCCAUGUAUACUGGAUCAUUCCUUUGUUGUAACUUUUUAUUUUGAGAUCAUUUAUAUAUUUACAUGCUGUUAUAAGAAAUAAUAGAGACUCCUAAUAUACCCUUCAUCUAAUUUUUCCAAAUGGUGACAUCUUGCAUAACUGUUAUACAGUAUCACAAAUUGACAUGGAUACAGUCGAUCAACCUUUUUCAUAUUUCAACAGUUGUACAUGCACUCAUGUAUGUGUGGCGCAUGCAUUUAGUUACCUGCAGUUUUAUCACGUGUAGAUUUAUGUGACCGCCACCACAAUCAAGAUAGAGGAUCCCUUGUGUUACCCUUUUAUAGUCUUGGCCACCUCCCUCCUCCCCAAGUCCCUAAUCUCUGAUUUGUUACCCAUGUCUAUAGUUUUCUUCAAGAAUGAUAUAUAAAUGGAAUAAUGUAGUAUGUAACAUUUGAGAAUUAGCUUUUUAUUGCUCAGCAUAACUCUUGAGAUCCAUCCAAGCUGUUGCAUGUAUCAAUGGUUCAUUCCUUUUUAUUGCUGAGUAGUAUUCCAUGGUACAGAUAUAUCAGUAUGUUUAAUUAUUUACCUAUUGAAGGGUAUGAAGGAUAUUUGAGUUGUUUCCAUUUUUGGCUAUUACAAAUAAAACUGCUGUGAGCAUUUUUGCAAGCCUUUAUGUGAACAUAAGUUUUUAUUUCUCUGAGAUAAAUGCCUGAGAGUUCAGUUGCUCCAUCACCAUUUGUUGAAAAGGCUGUCCUUCCUCCAGUGAGUUGUUUUUGCAUCUUUGAAAAAAUCAUUUAGUCAAAUUUGUGUGGGUCUCCUGAG